CUUAAGCGGCGGCGCGCGGGGCGGCCGGAGUCUCGGUGCGCCGCGGAGGAGCCUGCUGUCCUGCGCCUCACCGCUUCCUCGCACUCCAGGUCGGGGGGUCCCUUCGGCUGCUGCGACUGAGAGUUGUGUUUCCGAGGGAUUGAGGAGAACCUCCCGGGAACCGAAAAUGCCGAAACCAAUCAAUGUCCGGGUCACCACAAUGGAUGCAGAGCUGGAGUUUGCCAUCCAGCCAAAUACUACUGGGAAGCAGCUUUUUGAUCAGGUGGUUAAGACUAUUGGACUUCGGGAAGUAUGGUACUUUGGCCUCCAGUACGUGGAUAAUAAAGGAUUUCCAACCUGGUUGAAACUUGAUAAGAAGGUGUCUGCCCAGGAGCUCAGAAAGGAGACCCCCCUCCAGUUCAGGUUCCGCGCCAAGUUCUACCCGGAAGACGUGCCUGAGGAGCUCAUCCAGGACAUCACCCAGAAGCUCUUCUUCCUGCAAGUGAAGGAGGGGAUCCUCAGCGAUGAGAUCUACUGUCCCCCUGAGACCGCGGUGCUCCUGGGCUCCUACGCAGUGCAGGCCAAGUUUGGAGAUUACAACAAAGAGUUGCACAAGUCUGGGUACCUCAGCUCCGAGCGGCUGGUCCCCCAAAGAGUGAUGGACCAGCACAAGCUGACUCGGGACCAGUGGGAGGACCGUAUCCAGGUGUGGCAUGCUGAACACCGUGGGAUGCUCAGAGACAGCGCGAUGCUGGAGUAUCUGAAGAUUGCUCAGGACCUGGAGAUGUAUGGAAUCAACUAUUUUGAGAUAAAAAAUAAGAAAGGAACAGACCUGUGGCUUGGAGUUGACGCCCUUGGGCUGAACAUUUAUGAGAAAGAUGAUAAGUUGACCCCAAAGAUUGGCUUCCCUUGGAGUGAAAUCAGAAACAUCUCCUUCAACGACAAGAAGUUUGUCAUUAAGCCCAUCGACAAGAAGGCACCUGACUUCGUAUUCUACGCCCCGCGUCUGCGGAUCAACAAGCGGAUCCUGCAGCUCUGCAUGGGGAACCACGAGCUGUACAUGCGCCGUCGCAAGCCCGACACCAUCGAGGUGCAGCAGAUGAAGGCCCAGGCCCGCGAGGAGAAGCAGCAGAAGCAACUGGAGCGGCAACAGCUGGAAACUGAGAAGAAGAGGAGAGAAACAGUCGAGAGGGAGAAAGAGCAGAUGAUGCGGGAGAAGGAGGAACUGAUGCUGAGGCUGCAGGACUACGAGCAGAAAACCAAGAAGGCCGAGAAAGAACUUUCUGACCAGAUCCAGAGAGCCCUGCAGCUGGAGGAGGAGAGGAAGCGCGCCCAGGAGGAGGCGGAGCGCUUGGAGGCUGACCGUGUGGCUGCGCUGCGGGCCAAGGAGGAGCUGGAGAGACAGGCUGUGGAUCAGAUAAAGAGCCAGGAGCAGCUGGCCGCGGAGCUGGCCGAGUACACGGCCAAGAUUGCCCUGCUGGAGGAGGCACGGCGGCGCAAGGAAGACGAGGUGGAGGAAUGGCAGCACCGGGCCAAAGAGGCCCAGGAUGACCUGGUGAAGACCAAGGAGGAGCUGCACCUGGUGAUGACGGCGCCCCCACCGCCCCCGCCCCCCGUGUACGAGCCAGUGAAUUACCACGUCCAGGACAACCUGCAGGAGGAGGGCCCUGAGUACACGGGCUACAGCGCCGAGCUCUCCAGUGAGGGUAUCAUGGGCGACCGCAACGAGGAGAAGCGGAUCACCGAGGCCGAGAAGAACGAGCGCGUGCAGCGGCAGCUGCUGACUUUGACCAAUGAGUUGUCCCAGGCCAGAGAUGAGAAUAAGAGGACCCACAACGACAUCAUCCACAAUGAGAACAUGCGGCAAGGCCGUGACAAGUACAAGACACUGCGGCAGAUCCGGCAGGGCAACACCAAGCAGAGGAUUGAUGAGUUCGAGGCCAUGUAGACGCUCCACAAGUGGGGCAGAACUGUGGGCAGGCAGGUUGGGUGUGAUGGCUUCUGGGAGUCACUGUCAGACACCUGAAAUAGGUAUUUUUUUUAGUAUUCUAAGUCUAGAAACCCCUCAUCAUAUUCCAGUUUCUUUAAAAAGCGAGUAGUUAUUUCAGUGGGAAUACUCUGGGGCUGAGGACCAGUGGAAGUCUCCCUGGUUUGUUAUCCCAAUUGUAUCAUAGUGCCAAACAGGCCUGAUUUUUAUUACGGUGGGAUCACUUCCUGUUUUGUGCUUGGAGCAAGACCAAUCUGAAUUAAGGAAAGAUGCCUGUAAAGUUGGAAUAGCGAACUUUGUACUGGGCAUGUGUGAUACAAGAUUAAGUAUAAUUAAAGAGAACCACGCGGUGGCUUA